UUUAUACAAUACCUAACUCAGAUAAAUUGUUUCAUCGCUGUCCCAGAGUCUCCUGGAGUAAGCUGAAACGUUUCUCGCCCAUCGAAUUUGGUAAUUAAUCUCUCUUCGUUUCCUUCUGAAAUCCACUUUUUGCCUAAUUCAAUCGUGUCGUGUCAUGGAUUCAACUUCAAAAAAAUUAGCGAAUAUUUGUAAGGCAGAUAGAAUCAGUGAUUUACCUGACUCGCUACUCAUCGCUAUACUUGCACUGCUUCCAAUUGAAACUGCUGUGCGCACUUGUAUCUUGUCCAAAAGAUGGAGGCCUCUCUGCGAGUCACUCCCGAAUCUUGAAUUUUCUGAUUAUAGGAAUCCAGGCAGACAUUUCACCGACUUUGUUGAUAGAUUUUUGAUGCGUAGGCCGAAUGAUUUGAAAAUUGCUAAAUUCCGGUUAGAUUGUUAUCGUGGAGAUUACUACCGGGACCGUGUUAAUGAGUGGAUUAUGAAUGCGCUUGGACGUGAUUUGAAAGAGAUAGACUUAUUGUUUCGUUUCCAGACUUGUAUAAAUUGGUCCAAGAAUUUUUUUAACAUGUGUACUAGUGUUGAAGUUCUUCUACUCAGUGGGAAAAUAUCAGUUGAGAUUCCGGAGAAUGUUCCGCUUCCGAGGCUUCGGGUGCUAGGCUUCAACAAUGUAACAAUUUCGAGCUAUGAGUCAGUUGGGAAGCUUUUGUUAAACUGUCCUGUGCUUGAAGAUUUGAAAAUUGUUGACUGUGAAUGGCUUACGGGCAACUCUUUAAGUAUUUGUGGACCUGUAUUAAAGAGGUUGUCAUGUUGUCUUAUUUCAUAUGAUGAAGUGCUUCGGACUUUGAUUGAUACACCGAGAUUAGAGAAUCUCAAAAUUGGUUGUUACACAGGCGGUGAUAAUGAUAUUUUGUUCAAGUUGAACUUGCCAUUCCUCAAGAUAGCUGAAAUCGACAUAUGUGCUCAUGAGAUGGGACAAGGAGUUGAUUGGGUGUUUGGGCUGCUUAAACAGAUUAAUCAUGUCAAAAUUUUGACUUUGUCAGAUAACACUGUGGAGAUCCUCAGCCUGGCAGAUGAUGAUGAUGAUCGUUAUGAGUUUCCCCCAUUUCAUAACUUGACUGAGUUGGUAAUUAAUGUUUUAGAUUAUUUUGAUGAAACUUUACUGGAUGACUUCCUUCAAAACUCACCGAACCUUGAAAGUCUUGUAUUUCCGCAGAGUCUUGUUUGCAUUGAUGAAUCUUUUCGCUGCUCAUGGGGCGGGUCACAAUCACGUGUUCCAGAAUGCUUAUCCGCACAUCUUAAAACAGUAUAUAUUAAAAAUUUCGCUGGAUAUGAUGAGGAAUUGGCAUUUGUUAAAUACCUGCUAGCUUAUGGAAGUGCUUUGCGAAAUGUUUCAAUUGAAAUUUCAAAUUUGUCAAAAGAUGACGAGGCCUGGCAAGAACUGUUAAACUUACAGAGCGAAUCAACAACUUGCAAGCUUAGUCUUAUAGAUGAAAAUGGAACGUGCUCCUUAUAAUCACAAAGUGUAUGAGGGUUCAGAACAUUGGAGAGUUGAAUGUAGCAGAGUUUGAUUGAAUGCAAUAUUUGGUGGCACUUCUCCUACUACACCCACCAGUAAGUGGCAUUUUAAUAAGUCUGCAAGCCCAUUGCUAUCGUUAGAUAGGUUGGUGGUUGGCGGACUGCUUGGGGUUUUUAUCCUUGGAUAAGAUGACUGUACUUUGUAGGAUUGUUUGGUAAAAAAUGCCGGUAUGUACUUAUUUUGAAUUUUAUGAGCAGAACUUGGAUGCUGCUAUAUGUAACUUCUAUCUCCAACAACUCUUCUUUUCACAUACUUUGUCCAAACACUUCGAUAACUUAUAAGUUGAAGUCGUUUAUAAUC